AUGAAAAAAAAGGAAAUUCAAGCACGUCAAGGAAAAAAUUUUCCAUUUAGUUUUGGUGAUUAUGUUGUUAAAAUAUUAAUGGGUGGUAUAGAUAGUUGGUUUGAUGACUUAGAUGAAAGAAAAGUUACAACUGAUGGUUAUGGACGACCGAGUAAAGAUUUUGAUCGUAAACGAAAAAAAUAUCGAUGUACAAUUUUAUAA